CUGUUGAGACAGGAGGUGAAUCAAAAUAAAUACAAACAAAUCAAAAUUGCUUCAAGCAGAAAAACAAAAAUAUCAAAACAAAAUUGUUUUAGGAAAUGUCGCUGAAACUAUUAAAACAAAGUUUGGAUAUACUAGAUGAAACAUCAUCUAAUAAUGAAAAAGCUACACAGAAAACAGCAAAAACUGUUCCAAGGAAUGCCCACUUAAGCAAAUCCAAAAGGAAACAGACAAACAAUGAGCAACAUCAAACUUUAAUGUCUAUAACUAAGGAAAAAAAGAAUAUAGAAGAUGUGCGCAAGGAGUUGCAGCCCGACCAAAAUAAAACAAAUACAAACCUUAAACGCUUAUUGGCGCUUUCGCAAAAUACAAUUACUCCCAACGAUGCUAAUAAGAUUAUCAAGCGAAACAACAAAGGCAAAACAAUAAAGACGGCAAAGAAACCUAAAGUGCUGAAAUCAAUCUUCACAGAGGAAGACUUUUUGGCUUUCGAAAGAGAAUAUUUUCCAACCAGCUAAUAUUGUGACAAUUCAUUGAAUGAAAAUAUUUAUAUUUAGUAUGUAAUCAAAUUUCUGGUUAAUAAAUGCUGUACAUAAACAA